AUGAGUGACAACGGUAAUCGGGUCAUUCUAUCUUACCAAGAACAACUGGAAGACCCGCUGGCCUUUGAUUUCGGCAUAUUCUUCAGUGACCUGCUGGUUAGAUCAGUCAAUGGCCUAUUGGAUUAUGUUCUCGGGCCAGUGGAAGAAGACAUGGAGAAAAGGAAAGAGCAGGGGAAUAAGGAGGAAGAAGAGCAGAAGAAAGAGGAACAGGACGAUAUUGAGGAGGGGCAGCAGGAAGAUGAUGCUAGAGAGGGGCAGCUAGAAGAGGAGCAGGAUGAUAGCAUUGAGGAGCAGAAGAACGAAAAGGAAAAGGAAGAGGAACAGGGUGACAUUGAAGAGCACCAGGAAGAGCAUGACGGUAGCAUUGAGAAGCAGCAGAAGAAAAAGGAGGAAUUAGAGGAGCAUGAAGAUGCUGAGGAGGUGCAGGAAGAUACCGAGGAGGGGCAAUGGAAGAAAGAACAGGAAUACAAUAUUGAGGGGCAGCGGGGAGAUAUUGAAGAGCAGCAGAAGGAGGAGGGGCAGAAAGAUAUGCAGGAGGAGGAUGAGAGGCUGGAUCAGCAGCAAGAAGAAAUUGAGGAGCAGAAUACAGUGAAUGAGAAGGAGGAUGACCAGCAACAUCAGAAUAUCGCUCACGAGGAGGUGGAAUUUCAGGCUGAAGUUGAAGAGCAGGAGAAUAUCGCUCACGAGGAGGUGGAAUUUCAGGCUGAAGUUGAGGAGCAGGAGAAUAUCGCUCACGAGGAGGUGGAAUUUCAGACUGAAGUUGAGGAGCAGGAGAAUAUCGCUCACGAGGAGGUGGAAUUUCAGGCUGAAGUUGAGGAGCGGGAGAAUAUCGCUCACGGGGAGGUGGAAUUUCAGGCUGAAGUUGAGGAGCAGGAGAAUAUCGCUCACGAGGAGGUGGAAUUUCAGGCUGAAGUUGAGGAGCAGGAAAAAGAGUUAGCAGAAUCGGAGGAGGAGCAGCAGGUGGAGGAAGAGGAUCAUGAGGCAGGGCAGAAUGUAGAAGAGGACUACCUCCAGCAGCAGGAGGUUGAACGGGAGCAGCAAGUGGAGCAGGAAGGAGUGGAGAAGCUGGAGGUAGAUCAAGGGGCGUUGAUGGAGAAAGUAAAAAGGGAAAUAAGUAAUCCGAAGGUGGGUGAGGGUCGGGAUGGAUUAGAAAUGCAGGAAUUGGUGAAUGAAUCAAACAGGGAUCUGGAUUCAUCUGUCAAAGUUGGACAAAGGAGGAGGCGGAAAUGGUUGAGAAAACUACUGUGUUGUUUGGGCUAG